AUGCGCGCUGUGCGGCGGGGAGCCCGAUCUGAUAGGGAGCAGGGGCUGACACUACCCCCGUGUGGGCGGCGGAACGUCCCGAGGAUGACGUGCGGCGUUCUCGAAUCCCGUGUCUCGCUCGUUCGCUCGCCGCCGCCGCCGCCGCCGAAGGAAACGGGAAAAGCAACAAGGAGGGCAGGAGCAGGCGCGGCGCCAUGGCGGCCCUGGAGCGGCCCGUGCCCAGUCCCGAGGCGUUCCUGGGCCAGCCCUGGGCCGCCUGGGUGCGGGAGGCCGCCCCCCCGCACGCUCACGGCGCCGCCCCCCCGCACAGUGUAGAGCUAGAAGAGGCUGGAAAGGAGGGUGGAAAGAGCAGGGAGGUUAUGAGGCUUAAUAAAGAAGAUAUGCACUUAUUUGGCCAUUAUCCAGCUCAUGAUGAUUUCUAUCUUGUAGUGUGCAAUAUCUGCAAUCAGGUAGUCAAGCCACAGGUUUUCCAGUCACACUGCGAACGAAGACACGGUUCAAUGUGUAAACCUUCCCCUUCUCCAGCUUCUCCAGCCUGCAAUUCCAGGACAUCCCUAGUACAGAUGAAACCGAAAUCCUGUAUCAGCGGCCAUAACCCUGUCAGCAGCAACUCAAAGCCAUUCAAAACGCCCAAAGACAAUCUACUUACCUCCAGUAGCAAACAGCACACAGUCUUUCCUUCAAAAGUAUCAAGGGAUAAACCAUGUGUUCCUGUUCCAGUAGUCAGUCUAGAGAAAAUUCCUAAUCUAGUGAAGGCAGAUGGUGCCAACGUUAAAAUGAAUUCUGCAACCACUACCACCAUCACCUCCUCCUCAGCCUCUUCAUCCACCAUACCUGCUCCAACCUUGGUCAAAUCUGGUUUGACGUCUAAAUCAGUGCCGCCGUCACCAGAAAAGAUUCUGAAUGGCAAAGGAAUUAUAGCUCCUUCAAUAGACAAGAAACACCAAAAUGGCACUAAAAGCAGUAACAAGCCUUACAAAAGACUUUCAGAAAGAGAAUUUGACCCAAAUAAACACUGUGGAGUACUGGAUCCUGAAACAAAGAAACCUUGCACAAGAUCGCUCACCUGCAAGACUCAUUCACUUAAUCAUCGACGAGCAGUUCCAGGCCGUAAAAAACAGUUUGACAUCCUUCUAGCUGAACACAAAGCUCGAUCCAGGGAAAAAGAAGUUGCAAAAGACAAAGAGCAUCCACCGUCUGCAAGGGAAAGCUAUCAGAGCCAGCCCACACCAGCACAAGACUCUCUGUCAGGAUCCUCAGUGAACUCUGGGCAAGAAUCUAAAGUAACAUCUCCUGCAAAAUCUAGACCACCAAAUUCUGUACUUCCAAGACCAUCAUCUGCAAAUAGCAUAAACAGCAACAGUUCUUCAAACCACAGUGGGUACGUACCAGAACUGCCACUGCCUUCCAUGGGAGGAGAUCUAACCAGUAGAUUGUCCAGUGAUGAAGGAGAAGCAGAUGGAGCUGAAGAAUCUGAGAAAUUAGACUGUCAUUUUUCUGGACACCAUCCCAGACCUCUUGGGUUUUGUUCAUAUGGUAGUCGCUUAAUGGGAAGAGGGUACUACGUCUUUGACAGAAGAUGGGACCAUUUUCGAUUCGCACUGAACUCCAUGGUAGAAAAACACUUGAAUUCACAGAUGUGGAAGAAAAUUCCUCCUGCGGCAGACAGCCCCAUGCCUUCUCCAGCAGCACACGUCUCCACUCCUUUUCCCGCAUCAGUCUUACAACCUUUCAGCAACCCCAGUGCCGUGUAUAUUCCUUCAACACCUAUCAGUUCAAGAAUCACUUCUUCUUACAUAAUGACAUCAGCCAUGUUAUCAAAUGCAGCCUUUGUGACAACAUCAGAUACGAAUUCCAUUAUGUCACACACUACAGCUUUUCCUCAUGUGGCUGCGAGCCUAAGUAUCAUGGACUCGACCUUUAAGGCGCCAUCAGCUGUGUCACCAGUGCCAGCAGUCAUCCCUUCCCCAUCCCACAAGCCAUCCAAAACAAAAACCAGCAAAUCCUCAAAAGUAAAAGACCUGUCAUCUCGUAGUGAUGAGUCUUCAAGUAACAAAAAGAAGAAGCCGCAGUCGUCAUCGUCGUCAUCAUCAUCGUCUUCAUUAUCUUUGCAGACAUCUUCCUCGUCUUCAUUUUCAGGGUCCCACAAAAAGAACUGUGUCCUGAACCCCAGUUCAACUUUGAACUCCUAUCAGGCUACAUCUUCCUAUAACAGCAUGUCUGUGCACAAUACAAAUAACGGAACAAGCCCACUCAGUGCCAAAUCGGAGCCCUCAGGACGGACUUCAUUAUCAAGUAGUUCAACAGACUCAGUGAAACACAUGAGCAUGGUAGUAAGCAGUAUUGACUCUUCUAAUCUGUCUGUAUCUUCUCUUGUGCACCACUCAGGGGACCACUCCCUGGGGGCACACAAUGCAGUGUCUUCUCUACCCCUUUCUUUUGACAAAUCAGAAGGAAAAAAACGUAAAAACUCUAGUUCUAGUAGCAAAGCCUGUAAAAUCACUAAAAUGCCUGGUAUGAAUAGUGUUCAUAGAAAGAGCACUGCCAACCUUAUUUCUGCGGUGCCAGAUCCUACAAGCAGCUCCAUCUCUCGACAGAUUGGAAAAAAUAGCAGUGUAGCUUUGUCACAGUCCAGUCCUUCGAGUACAUCAAACCCAGUACACAACAGACAACAUUUAAUGAUUUCAGUGGGAAUUCCGAGUGUUCAGCAUCUUCCAGGAUCAGGCUCUUAAGGAAUCUAUACUUCAAUCAAUGCAUAGAGGAUUUUUGCACCAAACUGUGGUUAAUGUUAUCCGAGGCUCAGCACACGAAACCCCCCUGUCGUGGUGGAGUUCUCGACCCUUAAGAUCCCAGUACUCGAUACCUUCGGUAAACAGUUUGGCUUUGCAAGGACGGGCGUUGAGCAGAUUGGCUUGCAUUAAUAGAAUUGCACUGACAGUGUUUCUUAUAGGAUUACUGAAUAAUUUUUUAAUAAAAUAUAGAUUUUAUAAUCAGGAAGCCAAUACUAGGUACUGGAACAAUAGUACAGAGGAGUUAAUUUUUAUUUCUACAGUGUUAAAAGUGCACUUAUAUGCUGGUUUAUUUACAUCUGGGGGAAAGGCGAGAGACUGCAAAUAGGGAGAUUAUUACUACUUUCUUUUUUAAAAAAAGAAGGCUUAAGGCAAAUUUUAAGACUAAAAUGUUUAAGCAAUUAUAAGCAAGGCUAGACCCUUUGAAAAAAGUUUAGAAAUAUUCUUAAAAUAAAUUUUUAUAGUGUUAAUUUUGUAAUAAUUUAUGUUUUGCUAUACUUCAGAGCUAACUGACCGUAUAGUUUCAGAAACAGUAUGAAACUUAGGAAAGUUUAAGCAAUGUUUAUAUUUUUGAAAUGUUCUUUGAAUUAUGUUUUUAUUGUACAUUUCUUCAGACUGAAAAAUGUGUACAUAUCUUUGUUAUUUUUGCACAAUUUUUGUCUUGUUCAGUUUUAGGAGCAGUACUAUGUUGAUUUUUUUAAUUUAUUUUGAGUUUUAAAACUGCAGGAGUUUAAAAAUCUCAGUAACAAAGUCAUCCUCUGUAAUCGACGAAAUGCUAUUUCUAGUUGUUGAGGGAAAACGGUGGUUGGGAGAUUCGGUGGUUGCUUCUGAGAACUAAUGCUAAUCAGUGACUGAAGGAGCGAUUUCGUAGUUAAGGAAGCUUUAGCUCUUUCCACGCAUCUUUUAAUUGGAAAGCUGGAAUAUGGAGCCUGUCCUUUGAAUGCUGCUUUAUUUUUUUGUGUCAACUGGCUUACACCUGACAGCAUUUCAGGAACGUUCAGCGCCAAGUAAAAUCCCACAGCCUUUCGUCAUCAAAGAAUCAUUAUUUAAUUACAAGUAUCAAAAAUUUCAGCCUGAAAAGCGAAAUGGAAGUAAACAUUGGAAUAAAUGGAUAUAAACUGGACCAGCCUAUAAUGCAUUAUUAGUGUAGCAUUCACUCGGUGGUUCUUUUUCUUCCCCAUUUGCCUGAAAAUCUUGUGAUUUGUUUCCAGCAAUAGAGGCUCAGAAGCUUUGGUUGUUACACAUACGCAAUGCAUAGGCCCGUCAGCCAUAAAAAGCGACUUGGAUAACUUGUAUGCCUUCUUUUGUAUCGAUGUAACAAUUGUAAAUAGUGCUGAUCGACCUUUGUAGAGAAUAGUUUAUACAGCAUAUUCUAUUAUUGCUGAUUCUCAGUGAACUAUUGUUUUAAAAAAAAAGAAGAAAAAAAGAAAUUUUUCUAUUUACACCUUAUAUUUUGUUAUGCUGUUGACCCAUGGCACUUUAACAAAACUCUGUGGGUUUUGCAUAGCUGGUCAGUCAUGGGGUAUAUUAAAUAACUGUUGUUGCACAGAAAUGAAUUUGCACCUGCUAUAUUGUGCUUUCCUACUACAGAUUUUAGAACCUUUUCCAGAAGACUUUUGAAGAAAGCAUGUCCAAUCAUUCUAAGAAAAAAAAAUGCCAUACUUGUACAGCCAAUUUCUUUUCUACAAUCCAUAUUUUGUAACACUAAGUAUUUUCAUUCUUUGUCCUGCACCUUUAUGUAUUAGCAGUAUCAAAUAGAAUUCAUUCCAUGCUUGUGAUAAUUGUAAGCAGAAUAAAUGUCUAAAGUAGGUGUAAAUAGUAAAUUCUAUGGCUUACAGUUUAAAAAAGGAAAAACAGAACAAACAUGUAUCUGAUUGAUACUGCCAUGGUUCAACACCGGGCCUGGAGAUAUUCUCUAGUGAGCGAUUGUAUUUUUUUUUUGCUUUAUUAUUAUUAUUUUUUUUUUGUAACAUGGCUUUGUAAAUAAAAUAA